AUGAAAAAGCAGAAGGCACUGGGAUGCCUUUCGAGAACGAAGUACGACACAAUGAUAUCGAUGCUGAAAAAGGAAUUCGAAGUACCCGUCAGUCAAAGAACGCAAGAACAGAAACAGGCGAUAAUGCAACUUCGGAAACUUAGGGAUCAGUAUGGACUCAAUGAUAGUGGACAAUUAUUGUGUCAUGGAAAGAUCGUUAAUGUUGAAGAUGAAUUAUCUGCAUUUGUCAAAAAGGCUUUUAAAGAUAGUCACGGGUGUGCUCCUCGAGUGCUAUACAAUAAAAUGAAAUUGAAGUAUACAGGAUUUACCCUUCGGAAGGUCAUUGAAAUUCUAUCUAAAAGUAAAAGUUAUCAUAGGCAGUAUCCACGAUUCACAAAUAAGCCUAUUCCAAAGACUGUAACAGCCGAUCGACCGGGACAUCGGUGGCAGAUUGAUUUGAUUGAUAUGUCCGAAGAUGCAGUUAUGUUUAACGGUCACACGUACAAAUACAUUUUGCAAAUCAUUGAUGUAUACUCGAGAUACAUUUUGCCGCAACCGCUAAAAAGCAAAAAAAGUACCGAGAUAGCUGCAGUACUUGAAAAGACAAUAAUGCAAAACGGAGCUCCAAAAAUCAUACAAUGUGACAACGGCCCCGAAUUUAAGGGACAGAAAAUGGACCAAAUGAUGGAAAAACAUGGUGUAGAAGUAAUACAUGGCAGACCAUAUUAUCCGCAAUCUCAAGGAAAGAAGGAAAGUGUGAACGAUCAAAUCGCGUUUUGA